AUGACCAAUUUGAUGUUUCACAAGAUCAGUAUUGUAUUAUUGUUGGCAUUCUCCAGUGUCGUUGCCGCUAUUGAGCAACCAACGGUUUUAACUUACAAACAAGGAGUGUUUUGUAGCCCAGUCCAAAGAACGAAAAACAUUGACAAAGCGUAUGUCGAACUACGUGCCAAUAAGGAUGUUAUCGAUAAAAAGAUUCCCGGUUUGAUUUUCCAUUAUCCUGACAUUGUCAAUUUCUCAUCAGUGCCAAUUUUGGAAGAAUUUACUCAAUUAUAUCCCAACAAUAAGGACCAUUUGUACAAGAAGAUGUUGAAUGAUGAGGGAAAGUUCGAGUUGGAUGCUGCGAAAGGGUACUCAGUUGAUGACCUGAAGUAUUGGAGUGGAGUUAUCGACAAAGAUGUCAAAUUUGCCAUCCCAACCUCGGGGAUUUAUUGUGUUUAUAUUGCACCCGAUCAGGAGAAGAAGACUGAUUUCAAACUACCUGUUGUGUUUAAAAAUUACUACGGAAACUUAAACUAUGUCGAGUAUUUGAUCUACUCACAAUUAAAGUAUGUCAUUGCUCUUGCAGUCGUUUUGUUUGCUGCUUUGUUCAACUACAUAUUGAGGUUCAAGGUUGGCAAAGAUUUCCAAAAUAUGGAUUCGAUUUCGGUUAUAUCCAAGACAAUCAUCCUUUUGAUAUUGGCUCCAUUCAUUGUUGUGUACGUUUUCGAUUGGUUUGUCCUACUCCUAAGAAACAAUUUUGAAAGAUCUGAUCAAAAGUCAUUUAUCUUGUCUGUAUUAAGAUUCUUUUCCCAAUUCGGUGAUGGUUUGUACAAUUCAUUCACUUCCUAUGCCAUUUUGUUAUUUUCAAUGGGAUUUGGCGUCAUUUAUUACUAUAAUGGCAACUCACAACACUAUAGACUCUUCCCACAAGAGUCGAUGAAAAAGAUUACAGCUUUUUUUUUUGUCAACAUUGUAGUCUUGUUGUUGUAUUUUCUUAGUUUGCAAGGAACAUCCGAUAACUACUUGGUUGGAGUGCAACAAAAUGCAUAUGGUGGGAAAUUCAUUGUACUCAUGGGUGCCUUAACUUCAUUGUUUAGUGUGAGCUAUUUUGUGUUGUCCAUUAUCUUCUACUUCAAAACCAAAAAGACAAUUGCUACAUUUCCUCCUGCAUCAGAUGCAGAGUCAACUGACAAGACUGUAUCUGCAUUCAACAAGUCGUUCUUUGUCAUUUUGGUGUUGCCCUUUAUUACGGGAUUCUUAGCUGCUAUAAUUGCUGGUGUUUUCAUGGUAAAGGCAGCUGGAAAUGUACCAGAUUACCCACAACACACUGAUCGUGACUUAAUUUAUCAAUCAGCAUUGACAAUCUUGAUGUAUGAAAACUCAUUCAAGGGAAUUUUGUUGCCAUUAGUGUGGUCCAGCUGGAUAUACUUUUUCUCGUUGAUUAUCUCAAUCUUUUUCAUUUGGAUCAAGGAUAACAAUGGGUUGAUUGUUGAUCAAAAUGCUAAUGAUCCAAUUGAGUAUGCUGAUGUUCCAAAUUUUGACAUUUCUGAUGGAGAAGAUGAAGAAGAUAUACGUGUUUGA